CAAGUGGUACAGGUAUACUUACAAUGUACUUGCUGUUCUGCGAAAAAUGGCCAUGACAACAUUGAAACCCCACCGCAGAUUCCCUCCACCGUUGCGUCAGAAAUGCCCCGACUGACGGAUGCCCCAACACCUCAUUCUGUGGACACCAGUUCACAAUCAAACCCCCUGUUCUCUAUUUCCUUAACAAACUCCUCUGGCAACCUCGACGCAUGCCCCAUCACAACAUCGGGUCGUAGCACCCACAGAAAAAGAGUGUCCGGUAUUCGUGAGUCCCCAUGCAAAUUCUGCGAAGUUCUCCGUCAUCACCGCAAUACUACCGUAAUGGACACAAAUAACGGACUUGGGUCGUUGUUUGUCUAUCCAAAGUGUGGAGAGCGGGCCGACGUAGAAUACAUCAGGGAAGAUGGCAGAGAUGGUGUUAAGAACUUGGCGUUCGAAGUCGUAGAAGGUAUUGAUGAUGAUUCCAUCUGAUUUCAAAGUGUCUCGUGCUUCUUCCAACCACCUGUUGAAGGCAAUGUCGUCUGGAUUGGUGCUCCCGACGAAACUCGACACGUCCUCGAGUCUCUCAUGCUCCAUUCCUCGUAUCCAUUGUCAGUUUCCAAGUUACCAUUGCUAUUUGCUAACAUCUCUCUCAUCUGGUUUGUUUUUUUUUUUUUUUUAUACACAAUGGGAAGCAAUUAUUUUUUAU